AGAAAAUUGAUGAAAUUGAAAGUACAGUAAUUCGUUUGAUUCUCGGCAAUUCUCAGCGUUUAUGUACAAAAGUAAUUUAUUUCAUAUUGCCUGAAAAUUUUUAUAAUGGGAAAAUGGACCAAGUAUUUGAGAAAAUAUUGUAUUGAAUGGGAAAACGAUCCUGAACUGAAAGAUUGGUUGAGACCUGUUCCCGGAGAUGUUACUAGAGCUUUCUGCAGAUUUUGUAAAGCUAUUCUUCGUGCUCACCAUUCCGAUCUUUUAGUUCAUACACACACAAGGAAACAUGUAAGAAACACAUCAAUUUUUCUUACUUCUUGUAGAUUUAGAGAUGCUACAGAAGCCACCGAUGAGGUUGCAGAUGAUAAUUCAGACACUCAUCUCUGUGGCCGAUGUGGAACUCGGUUCAAAAGUUUAUCAACUUUCAUUCAUCAUAAAGUAGAAGAAGGUUAUAGACUAUUUUACUCGCCAUCUGAAAGAAACCAAACAUUAAUUCUUCCGCAUUUACUAGAGGAACGAAGUGGCACCGUUGAUAAUAAUAAUUCAUUAUUUUCUGGAAAUGCAAGUGAAGUGCCUAGUUCAAAUGUAACAUCUGUUUCUAUGACAAUUGCUUCACUUCCUGAACAAUAUUCUGAUAAUGAGAAUGAUAUUGAAAUUAAUAAUAAAAAUGUAGAUGAUGAUUGUCAGGAGACCACAGAAUUUACUGAACCAGAAGAUACAACAAACAGUAGCAAUGAAGGAGAAAAAAUUAGAGAGUUUUUUGCCUGCUGCUUUUGUGAAAAAUUAUUUGAAAGUUUGAAAUCUGCACAGACACAUUUGAAAACAAGCCAUCAUGUUCUAAUUAAUGGAGAUGAGGAAAGUAAUGAAUGUUUGGUGACAAAUACAAGAAUUGAACAAGACCUGGAAUGUGCACAUUGUGAUAAGAAAUUUAAAGAGUAUUCUGCUCUAAGAUCUCAUCUGCUGAUUCAUACUUCCAAUGAGAGAUUUACUUGUAUCUAUUCUGGUUGCAAAUUUUCAACUAAAGAUAAAGACACUCUGGAGAUACAUACAAAGACACACAGUGAUACACAGCCAUACGUCUGUAGGACUUGUGGAAGAGUUUUUGCCGAAAAUAAUGAACUAUCUCAACAUGAGUCUUUAUGUCGCAUAGUGACUUAUGAAACUUCUUCAAGUGGUCCUACAGAAGAUACAGAGAAACUACAAUUAUCCUUAACAGAUAGCACAAAUUCGGACAACAGUAAUAAUCAAACUGAAGAAAGUGGAAUAAAUAUUAACAAAGUAUCGAGUAAUUCAAAAGAUGUAACUUCGAACAGUGAAAUGCCAUCUAUGAUAUAUUUACCAUUGCCAAUGAAAGAAAAAGAAAUAGAAAAUUUAAGUGAUGAUACAUUAAAAGAAUACAAAUGUUCAGCAUGCAGCAAAAGCUUCUCUUCAAUUGCACAAUUAAGAUAUCAUUUGUACAUCCAUCUCUCAAAUGAUUCACUUAAUUGUAUUGUGUGUUCUUAUGCUGCAAACGACGAAACUGAUUUAUUCGAACACUUCAACAUCACUGCUCAUCAGGUAGAUCCAAGAUUAUAUUCCGAAGGAUUGGAAUUACAAUCUUCCAAUUUUGAUAAGGAUUUGGACCUGGUUUCAUUAAAUACUAAUAAAACAGACAUUAUGGAAAUGGCAGAAAAACAGUUGGCGGAAUUAAAUGUCCUCCCGAUGAAUUCAAACUCCAAAGCUAACAUAUCAUGUCCCAUCUGCCUGAAGCUGUUCAAGUCGACCAUGUAUUUGAAACUUCACAUGAAAAUGCAUGCAAAUCCCAAAGGUUUCCAAUGUCCAAAGUGCAAGAGAAACUUUCAAUAUAAAGACAGUCUCAAUAAACACAUGUUGAGUCACACCCAGAGUCAAAACUUCAUGUGUUCAUUAUGUGGGAAAAUGUAUAAGAGAAUUUCGCAUGCCAGAGAACACAUGCGAGUUCACACUUCUGAAAGACCUUAUGCUUGUAAUUUAUGCGAAAAGGGAUUCAAAUCUAGGAAUGGUUUAAAAGUUCACAGUAGGACCCAUUCCGACGAAAUGGCUUUUAGUUGCGAGUACUGUCCUUGUAGGUUUCGAGAAAAGGCCGCCUUGGUGCGUCACAGAAGAACGCACACGGGAGAGAAACCAUUUUCUUGCAAACACUGCGGAAGAUGCUUUGCAGAACAUGGCACUUUAAACAGACAUUUAAGAGCAAAAGUUCCGUGCACGAUGCAAGGUAAAUCGAGAGGAAAACUGAGAAAAGACGACAGCGAAGCCAUUAGAUCGAUUCUUUACGACAACGACAAACAGGACCACAUGCAAGAAGUUAACGAAAUGAAUGUCUAUUCGGCCGUAGAAACUGCCCCGGAUUCAUUCACAGAUUUAGGAACACCUGAUGAGCAACAGCAGUAUAUAAUAACUAUGGAUGACCAGGAACUUCUAAACACGGCACAAAUCCAGAAUGCCAGUUCACUGAUAAUCAUCAGCCAGUCAGAUGGUACUUCAGAAACCGUGGUGGGUGAGAUUCCCAUCGAGACAGUCAUGGUCGUACCGGAAGCCGAAGCGGAACCGGAAGAGAUAAUCACCUAAAUGUGCUGUACUGGUAGAUGAUGUAUAUUAUAAUAUGCAUGUGUAUAAAUUCCGGGGAAGUAAUGCGUGUACAAACAAUAAUUCUUUUGUUUUGUUGGAAGUUAUGGUAACAAAGGGAUUGCAUACAACAGAUGAUUCUAAUAUAAUUAUCAUUUAACCUGUUAAAAGACCAAAUUGUUUUUCGAAUUCAUUUUUGAAUAUACAGAUGAUUGAGAGCAUUACUACAAAAUAAAUAUUUAUAUUUUAAUUUUAUUUGGCCCGAGAUUUUUAAUGUCUCCGAUAAAUUAAAUAACACUUUGAGAUUUAAACUGGUUUCCACGCAAACUGUGACUGUUUGUGUUCCAAAUGUUGUGCCAAGC